AUGGACGAGGAAUUUUCGACGCCACCACGGCGUUUGAACUCCAAACGAUUGCAUCGUAAAGCCGAUUCUUCUCCUGAAGUCUUUUUACAGCAUCAACGUCUUAAGCGUGAGAUGAAUCUUAGACGUGAGCUCAUUGACUUUGACUUGAUUAAAGGAUCGGCGCUCUUUCAUACAAAACCUGCAAGUCAUGACCAUAAACUUGUCCAGGAAGGUCUUAUCCGUGCACUCUUUGUGCCAUUUCAUGCCAAGUUUUGGAGUCACAAGCCGUGGUUCUAUCAGACAGCAACUGCACUCUACAUGCUCCAUAUUAUAGCUCUGUGCAUCUAUAUUUUCCAUCACAAGGCCACGUCGGUGCACAAUUCAUUCGAAGUGUUUUUCCCGAUCUUCCUACUCUUCCUCGUAGCUAUUGGUUACGGUCGCGUGUCCAGUGCAUUGCAAACGCCAGAUAUUCCUGACCCGGCCUGCAAGAUCCUCUCUCCUGUCAAACAAGGGUUGGAAAAUGUUUGCAACUCUGGGCUGGACAAUUCUCCUCUGACGUCAGGACUUGGGUCAGCACUGGCUGAAUCAGAGAACUCUGAUGGCACAGAUAGUGAUGAAGAGAGCGGUAAUUCGUCCUCAUCCAGUGAAGAAGCAAAUUCCAAUGACGAUAUCUUUCCACACAAGAGCAUCUCUGCUCCGUCCUCUCCUAAACGCCAAUUGCAGCAAUCAGUUGGGAAGCCACCAACGACGUUGCCACCAAUGUCAUUGCCACCACGUGUGCCGUUGGGAAUAGGAUUGGAACGUGACGAACAGUUUGCUAGAAGACGCGUGACUGUUUGUGUGUGGGAAGAAGGCUCUCCCGUAAAGCGCGCCAUGUCGAUCACUGAGCUACGGAAUACAAUUCUUGCAAAGGUGAAAGCUACAUCGAUCCGGAUGUUCUAUCGCAAGGUCGCAGAGCUGUCUGCGAUAGUGCUUGCACUCGUACCGGUUGCAUUGCGAUGUGCGACGAAGUGUCAGGAAUUUGAUUGCCUCGAUCUGACGCAGGAACCGCUUGAUAUGCUCAUGUGGAUUUCUCAAUUGUCCAAGGAGCUCUCUGUGGAUCGUCUUUGGUUGCAUGCUCAGGAGCUUGUGUCUGGCGCAUCCGUUAUUUCAUUUUCGUGCAUGCUGUCAACGUACUAUUUGGCAUCAAUCAUUUUUGCUGCUUUCGCAGACGCUGAAGUCACGUAUCAUCGUCGAUUCCUAUAUGCUAAAUGCUUUACGGCGCUAACGUCAUCGCGGCGCUCCCGUUUGGCAAACCUGCCCCACUUCCGUUUGAAAAAUGUGAUGAACAUUAAAGCGUGGAUCUCGCUACGUGGUGGCCGCACUUGGCUGAAGCGUCAAGGCCGUCAACGUGCAGCCGACGAAAUCGUCUCGACGUCGUUCCUUGUCAUCCUUGUGCUGCUUGUCGUCAUGGGAAUGCAGGCCGUAUCAGAUGGUUCCGGCUCGCUAUCGCCUGAAAGUAUCAUCGGGAUUGAAGUCGCGAUUUGGUGCAUGCUGUCCUCUGUGUUUAUGUUGCGUUUCAUGAUGCUGGGCUCUAACAUCAACAAGAAGUACCAAAACACGUCGCUGCUUUUGACUGAGCAGAUGAACGUUUAUCUUCGACUGCUGGCAAAGCCGCACAAGAAAGAUAAGCUUCUUGUCUCAAAUAACGUAUUGAAGCUCGCGUGUAAACUGCUCAAGGAGUUGAACUCACCCAACAAGGUGUCAGGCUUGACUAUGAACCCGCUACUGUACAACAUCACGCGUGUGGUGGUUCUGUCGGCCUUCUCGUCCACCGCAUCGGACUUUUUCGGCUUCAAGCUGAAACUUUGGAAGCUUAAAGCGUAG